AUGGAGGGAGUUGGCAAAACAGCCCAGGCUGUGAACAUCCGUAAUAAACUUAUAGAAAACUCUGAAACUCGUGAUCAUGUCUUUUGGUGUACUGUAUCAAAGGACCGUGAUUAUAGCAUUGGUAAGCUGCAGAGUGACAUUGCUGAAUGUUUGAACUUAGAUUUGUCAAAUGAGAACGAUGAGAAGAAAAGGGCAGCAAAAUUGUCGCAAGCAUUUGCAAGAAGGGGGAAAUGUGUUCUCUUUUUGGAUGAUGUGUGGGAUAAAAUUGAUCUACAUAGGGUCAGAAUUCCUAAUGGAUGUAAGUUGAUCAUCACUGCUCGCUCAUUCAAUAUAUGCCGCAAGAUGGGUUGCAAAGGAUUCAAAGUGGAACCUCUUUGUGAAGAAGAAGCUUGGAACUUAUUUUGGGCGAAACUUUGUAAUGGGGAGGACACGACACUUUCUCCAGAAGUAAUAGAGAUUGCAAAGUUUGUGGCAGACGAAUGUGAUGGUUUUCCACUCGCGAUUAUUACCAUGGCUGCAAGCAUGAGAGGGGUGGACGACAUUCGUGGGUAGAGGAAUGUGUUUGAACAACUGAAGGAACUUACAAUGGGGCAUGAAGAUAUGGAAAAGAAUGUAUUAUCGUCAUUGAAACUUAGUUAUAGUCGCUUGAAUGGCACAAAAUUGAAGGAUUGUUUCUUGUAUUGCGCCUUGUAUCCUGAAGAUUGUAAAAUACCAAGAGAUGAAUUAAUAAGAUAUUUCAUUGCUGAGGGACUGAUUGACAGAAGGAAGAGUUUAAUAAGACAGUUUGACGAGGGUCACACUAUCUUGAAUAAACUUGAAAGGUCCUGCUUAUUGGAACAUUAUAACAAUUAUGAUGGGGAUGCCUACGUGAAGAUGCAUGAUUUGAUUAAGGACAUGGCACUAAAGAUAACAGAAAAUCGAUUCAUGAUAAAAGCUGGUGUUGGAUAGAAGGAAAUUCCACAUCUGCAGGAAUAUGCUGGAAAUCUGGAAAAGGUUUCCUUG